GAGAGAGAGAGGAUGGGGUGAGCAUUCGCGCAGUCGGAGCGAAUACUGCAGCUCUCUCUCAGAUUCCACACGGCCGUCGCCCGACACACCUCUGCGCUGCACUUGGCGUUCACCCACAGCCGCGCACUCACACGCCCCGCCGUGUCGCUCACAGGCUCGGGAGAGCUCCGCGCGCCGCAACGCUCGUUUAGACCAGUGCGUCAGACAGCAGAGGCAGGCGGAAUCAUGCCCGGGGAGGCAGAGGACGGCAGCGGCCCUGCGCGGGACGCACCCAGCCCGGUCACGGACGCUGGCAUCGUCCCCGGAGCAGAUUUGUCCAGACAAACCUCCAGCUCCACAGCCUCUACUCCAAGUGAUAGUGCCUCCAGCCCAUCUCCUACAACCCCGCCCAAGCUCCCCCCACAGUGCCCCUCCCCAUUUGGCCCCCGUUUGGUUAUGGCCAAGCCGAACCCUUGCACCCGACCUCCACCAGAGGGCGCCAGCUUUGAAUCAGAAGGGCGGUCAGUGGGCCGGCUGACGGGUCGCUUCGGAAGAGGGGUGUGCAGAAGGGGCCCAGUGAAAAUGGAAAGGAUUAAAGUCUUAACUGGGAGUGAGGUGGAGAGCGACUACCAAGAACCAGAGUCCAUGGAUGCAAGGGUAGUUAUGGGGCAAGAAGCACUGCUGAAGAACAUGGAGUCACAGAUUGGGGGACUGCUUGACAAAAACGCCGGUGGGGAGACAUCUAGUACACCUAGUUCGGAAUCCCAGCCCACAGAGCCUGCCAUGCUUUCACUCCCGCUGCAGGCACAGACGUGGGGCGAGGGGAAACCCAAACUCGACACUGGUCAAGAGAGUCCCAAACUUGACCAGGCCAAGUCUUUGUUCCCAACCACUGAGCCAGAGGCAAGCUUAGGUGAGCUACUCGAAUGCACAACUUUGGAGUCCAAAGCAGCAGUCACGGGACUGACAGAAAGCAGCACCUUUUUCCCAGACAAUGAAGGAGACCCUCUAGCUCCGUCUCCGGCUGAAGUGCCUUCCUUGUCCUUUUCCGAACCCCCCUACCCAGUUGAUCCUCAGCGUGUCGGAGUCCUUCCCGGACUGGAUCCAGACCGUUAUUAUACAGCACCUUCCACACCCAUCAAGAUGGCCUACUGUUCACACCUUAAGCAGCAAUGGCACCCAAAUAGCCCGAGCACAGGUCCUGGAUCCCCAGCUGAUGAGUCUGAUCUGUGCUCCCCACCCACGUCUCCUUCUGGGUCUUACAUAACCGCAGAGGGCAGCAGCUGGACCUCCAGCACUUCUCACUCCUGCUCCCCAAACCUGAUUGCAGAGGCUGAACUGCAGGAGGCCCCUGCAUGCUAUGUGGGAUCUCUGUCUGAGAUUGGGGAUGAGCUGGGGGACGAGCGAACGGGGGCCGAAAGGGAGCACUGUCUGUGUAAACCUGCCAUGCCAGGGCUGGUCGAGGACGUGGAGUAUGAGGAGGACCAAACGAGCAGGAAGGUUUGCAGGCCUCAGUGGGUGACAGAGAACAUUUCCCCACACAGGAGCAGCAGUGGCAGAAGCACAGAUUCACAAGAUGGUGGAGGGGAAUCUGAGGCCUCCUUAGUGCAGGCAGAAAUCCAGAGAGCUACCGACAUAACCCAGCCAUUUGAUGAUCCAGAUCAAGAUCUAGAACUUGAUCUUGAUGCUUGUGUCUCAGAGCAUUUCACCAGACUGGAUGCACCUCUAAGCCCAGAGGAGGACUUUCCCACAGAUCUGGCAUCUUCUUUUCCCUUCAGUCAUCGGCUGGCAACUGCUUCUGCUACCCUGGACACGGGCAGUCUGACCCCUGCUACUUGUUCCUCAGAGAUUUCAGACACUGAUAAUAAUAGCUUGUACAGUGAGAUUGGAUCUUCUUCCCUGUUCUUCCAUGGGUGCUCCAGAGAGGAUAGCCCUAGGGGAGAAGGAAUGAUUCCUGCAUGCAUGCUGCCUGUCCAUGCCAGCUUGAUAUUCCAGGCAGACGCCAUGGAGAUAACAUUGUUCCCUACAGACGAGGAGCCUGAAAAUGAAAUGGAUGCAUAUGCUGCUGGAGAAGAGGAAGGAGAUGUGGAUGAGUAUGAUGAUGAAGAUGAUGAUGAUGACAUAAAUGACUUGGAAGAGCAAGCUGAAGCCAUCAAGAUUGGAUCAAGGGUUGUGGAAGACCCAAAUGAGGAAGACACCUCUGCUUCUUACCUAAAUUCACUUUCUGAGAACUCAAUAAAUGACGGAAUAGAUGAGUCAUUUGCUUAUCAGGAUGACACCCAGGAAUCGAGUGAUUCCACCUCCUGUAAUGGCGAUGAAGACCACCUGUACAGUACAGAGAGAGAUGUCAAUCCUGCCCAGCAGUUUCCCAGACAGGAGGACCAUGUGCAGUCAGUAAGCAAUGCAAGAACAGAAUCGUCUGGAAGUGAGAGUGAAAUGGACACUGGAUCAUCUGGAUCAUCUGAGCCACCAAAUGCAGAAGUUCAUGAACAGACACCAGACUGCACAGUGCAAAGUGCAGAAAACAUAACUGUAGAAAAAAAGCCAGAUGUGGAGUGUACAGAGACAGUAUUUUCAACAACAGAGGUCAAGGACCAAGGAAAGGAUAUUACACAGAGUGCAGACCUCAGGGGCACGGAAGGAACAUAUGAUGUGUGCAAUGCAGAGUCUCAACUAGUGGUUCAGACAGCCCCCCAGGAGUUGGAAAGUCAGACAAGCUCAGUGGAUCAAAAUGAAAUGUCUGAGACAUGUAAUAAGUUAGCCCUUUGCAUGCUUGGAGCCACAGCUGCAGGUAUAAAAUAUAAAUUCAACACUCAGGAUGACCCAGAUCUGGACCAGAAGAAUGGAAACAACUCUGAGUUUGUCAAUACCUCGCUCCGGCUUGACGAGACAGAAACCAAUGAUCUCAACAAAGGAGUCCCUCUGUUGUCUCACCCUAAAGAUGACUGUAGCCCCACAAACAUACCAGUUUGUGCCUAUCCCGAGCUGUCCGAUGUGCCAGAUAACUUAACCACAGCUGAUGUCUCCCCAUCUGAACACUCUCUUGACCAAGAUAACCUGACAGAAAAUCAACCUGGCACCGACGACGCAACUCUCAGCUCUCUAAACAUGUCCUCUUCUACUUACGGCGUGCUUGCCAUCUCGCCAAAGAAAGAGAACUCUGAAAACAGCAUGACAGAAAGGAACGUUUCAUCAGAGGGCCGGGCCCUGCUGGAGCCUUUGACACCGGGAGAGUGUUGUGCCUCUGAGGCAGAAAACUUGCUAUUGUGCGAUACAGCUGGGCCACUGCGAAACAAAGCCCGAUCUGUGAGCCCUAACAUCGCUGCCGGAGAUGGCAUCACCGCUGACCUUGAGGACAACAACAACAGCUACUGUGACUUAGGAGAAAGGAUGACCGAUAUCGAGGCUGGCAUGUUGGAAUCCAACCUGUCCACUUGGAGGUCUAUCGAGGAUCUGUCAGAGGCAGGAGGAGGGGAGGAUGAUGCCAACAACCUUCAAAAUCCAGACAGCAAUCCACUUAUACAACGGCAUUCGGAAAAGAUUCUGGUGACUACAUGGAAUGACCCCGAGAAAAGCUGUUCGCCCGUUAUUCCAAGCGCUCAGUCAACGUGUCUGUCAUUGAAUAUCCUUUCAGAUGAUGGCAAAGACGAGAACGAUCAGACCCCUAACACAGAUUUUAACAUUCCAGGAGAAUCCAUAUCAAAUAUAUGCCAAGAUGGUGGCCCUGACAUUCCUCCUAAACAGGCAAUGCAAGUUUUGGAAUCAGCAAAAGAACUUGAAGAGGCACAGACUUUGACAAGCUCCUAUGAACAAAAUGAUCUCUAUGAGCCCAUUACAACCACUGACGUGUCAGACAAAUCAAAUAACCCAGUUCCUAGUUCCUCAGACCAAAGCAUUGAAAAGGAAAUUUGCCUGGCAAAUUCUGAAUCCCCAGUUUUAGAAAAAAAGUAUGUAUUCAGAUUAGAAGGAGGCUCUUUUGGCACUUUCAAUCCUAAGAAGAAAUCAAGCGAGUCAAGACGUGAUAUUUCGUCAUCUGAUCGCUCUCUGGCACACAAAGAGACAGCAACAUGCACUGACACAGGGAUUACAACUGAUACCACAGAUCUAGGUUCACAGGUACAGUCCAACAUUACAAAAGAGGAAAAUCAAGAGAAUUUUGGUAGUCGGGUAAUUGACAGACAACUUACUGAACCAAAGAAUGAAAUUGCCUUUGAGGAUCAAGAGGAGGAAAGAGUUGAAUGUUUCUCACUAAGGGAAAGGGGGGAUGAGGAGACCGAGAAAACAUGUCCAGAAGCAGAGGAAAAUGGCAGAGAAAAUGCUAUUUUGGAAAGGAAUGAAAAGGACACACACGUUAUGCAGAAAGCAGGUUUCUCAGAGACAGAAGAACGAGAAUGUCAGAACGAAGAGUCAAAUGCCAGUGCUGCUGAGAUCACGCCACAUCAGGAGACAAAACAAAAUGAUGCAGAAGUUUCGCAGAAAUUAAGCACAAACGAAAUGACAAAAACAGAACUGUAUGACACUGAACCAGAUCAUGCCGGGAAAAGACUUGAUUCAGAUCAUGGCCUGAAAUCCGAGGUAUCUGUCGCCUUUUACCAAUCAGUGUCUGCCUCGGAGCAAAAGAAAGAGAUCCAACAUGAAGAAAGCCCACCUGAAUCUCAGCCGAGUAACACAUCAACCGAGACUCAACAGCAAGCGGACACGAAAAGUGAUGAGGCAGAAAAAAAUGAUCAUGACCAAACACCAAACGAACCGAUUUCCCACCCUGAAAACUCCAGUUCCCAGUAUCCUUUCACAGAGUCAGAGGGCUUGACUGAAUCUAGUGAUCAUGCCAAUACAGAUCAAGGAAAAGCACUUGCCCAUAGCACCUCAGAAAGUCUGGAACUUCAACAAAGCACACGAGACAUCAGCGAUGAUCAGGUAGGGGGCACACCACUCGGAACAGUGAGAGCAGAACUUGGAAGGCCUUCUCCUUCUCCCUCAUCUACAGAUGUGCUGGAAGAGGACCUUCCCACCCCGAUACAGGAGUCUCAGCCUUCAUUGGACAAUUCCCAAAUACACAGUUUUCUCACUCAUACUGAAUCAGCUUCGAAUGAUGGCUCAAGUGACCAGAGCAGCUCAUAUCUGUCAGAGAGCCCCCUUCAAGUCCCCAGCGUGGAAACAGCAACACUGGAGUCCGAGGAAAAACUAGUGGCUUCCCUGCCUGUGCAGGACUUGCAUCGAGAUGUGAACGAGCGGUCAGGCGUAAGGUCAAAGUCCUGCAGACAAUUCGCUGCGGAGGUAUGUACGGGACAGAAACCAGUAUCUCCUGAAAGCCCCUACACCCUUCCCAGUGGAUGCACAGGUCACAGAGAUGCUAGCCCUGCUUACAGAAAAACAAAUAUGCCCAAGGAAAAAGAGAUCUUACCAUGCAUCAGUUCCACUCUAAACUCCUCUGUGCAAACAAGGCCAAAGCCAGAUCCAAAGCCAACUGAUCAGGACACAGGCUCAGUCAGCUACAGAAGACAGGACUCAGAAGAACUGGAUCUCUUGAAAAACAACAUUGGCUCCUGUAACGAAACAGACAGCGAUGGUUCACUGCCUGAGCUGGAGGAUCCAGAUGGAAGCCUCCUAAGACCGUCAGACACACAGAUAUCACAUACUGCAGCUGAUGAGUCGGCGAGCAAAACGAAGCAGAGCCGAAGUGAGAAAAAGGCACGGAAGGCUAUGUCAAAGCUGGGACUCAAGCAGAUCCACGGGGUUACGCGCAUCACCAUCCGGAAGUCCAAGAAUAUCCUGUUUGUCAUUACUCGCCCGGAUGUCUUCAAAAGCCCUGCAUCGGAUAUCUACAUAGUCUUUGGGGAAGCCAAGAUUGAGGACCUGUCACAACAAGUGCACAAGGCUGCAGCAGAGAAAUUUAAGGUUCCCCUUGACCCUUCACCUUUGACCCCUGACAUCAUGCCCAGUCUCACCAUAAAAGAGGAGAGCGAAGAAGAAGAAGAGGAGGUGGACGAGAGCGGGCUGGAGCAGAGAGAUAUAGAGCUGGUGAUGGCCCAGGCCAACGUGGCCCGGGCUAAAGCCGUCCGUGCGCUACGCCACAACAAGAACGACAUUGUCAACGCUAUUAUGGAGCUGACCAUGUGAGAGAAGAGAUGUUGCUUGGUCCCUGCUUCCUCCCUGCCACACCCUGCGCUCCUCUCAGUAAUGCUGCUAUAUUGUACGUACGGAAACCCUCUUACCUGCUCAAUAAACUGUUAAUAACCACA